UUAACUCUUUCUGUGGCGCGAGGGAGCCAUGGCUGCUGCAGGGAGUCCCGUGCAAGAUCUCUGCGAUGAAGCCACUUGCUCCAUCUGCCUGGAGUAUUUCAAGGAUCCAGUGACCACCGCAGAGUGUGGGCACAACUUCUGCCGGUCCUGCUUGGUCCAGUGUUGUGGGGCGAGAGGCAGGCAGGCCUCCUGCCCUCAGUGCAGAGGAACAGUGCAGAAAAGGAAUCUCAUCCCAAACAGGCAACUGGCUCACCUUGUGGAAUUGAUCAAGAAGCUCAGUCUCGAAAGGGAUGAGGAGGGAGGACCAGAGGGGAGAGUCUGUGAGAAGCACCAGGAACCCCUGAGCCUCUUCUGUGAGGACCAUGAAAGUCCUAUCUGUGUAGUGUGUGACAAAUCCAAGAUGCAUGAAAAUCACAAGGUGAUUCCUCUGGAGGAGGCUUUCGAGAAGUACAAGGGACUCAUUUGCAGCCACCUGGAGAUUCUGAGGAAAGAGAAAGAGAAACUUCUGGCCUAUCAAGCAGACCUGGACAAGGAAGGCCAAGAACUUCUUAAAUUAACAGAAACCGGGAGGCAGAAGACAGUGGAGAAGUUCAGACAACUGCAAGAGUUUCUCAAAGAACAAGAAAAACACCAUCUGGAUCAUAUAGAAGAGGUGGAGAAGGAGAUUGCAAGGAAAAGGAACGAGCAGCUGGCCAGACUCUCCAGGGAACUCGCCUGUCUUGAAAAGGUGGUCAAGGAAAUGGAGGAGAAGCGUCUGCAGCCAGCAAAUGAACUCCUGCAGGAUGUGAGAAGCACCUUGCAGAGGUAUGAGAAAAGAGAGGCGUUGGUGAAUCCACUGGCUUUCCCUCCAGAGCUGAAGGGGAGAAUUUCAGAAUUCUGUGAUAUAAACCCUCUCCUGGAGGAUGUCAUGAAGCAAUUCAAAGGUAAUGAAAAAUGGCUUCAAGGGUUUUAUAUUGAGCAUAUAUUACAGGCAACAGCUAAUUUAUCAAAUGUCACUCUGGAUCCAGACACAGCCUAUCUCAGGCUCAUCCUGUCUGAGGAUCGGAAAAGUGUGAGAUUGGGAGAUAAUAGGCAAGCCCUGCCCGACAAUCCUGAGAGAUUCAACAAUUGUACUUCUGUGUUGGGACAACAGUGGUUUGCACGGCCCACUAUAGUGAACCUGCUGAUCCUGGAGCAGUUCCUGGCCAUCAUUCCUCACAAGCUGCGUCAGAGAAGAGGGUUAGAGAGUUGCAACCAAGACCUGGUCCUGGUGGAGGAUUUCCUGACCAGCCAUCGGAAAGCUGAGACGUGGAAGUGGCAGCAGCUGAAAACUGAGAAAACGAAACUUAACUCGGGUCUUUGACGCGAAGGAGCCAUGGCUGCUUCUGGGGGUCACAUCCAGCGUCUCCUUGAUGAAGCCACUUGCUCCAUCUGCCUGGAUUACUUCAAGGAUCCAGUGACCAUCCCAGAGUGUGGGCACAACUUCUGCCGAUCCUGUCUGAUCCACUGCUGGGGGGAAUCGGAGGCAGAGGUUUCCUGCCCUCAGUGCAGAGAAAGAGUCCAGAGAAGGAGCCUCAUCUCCAAUCGGCAACUGGCUAACAUGGUAGAAAUAGCCCAGAAUCUCAGCCUUCAAGAGGGGAAGGAGGAAGGAGGGAAAGGGAGAGUCUGCGAGAAGCACCAGGAGCCCCUGAAGCUCUUUUGCAAAGUCCACGAAGCCCCCAUCUGCCUGGUAUGUGACAAAUCAAAGGAACAUGAAAGUCACAAGGUGAUUCCUCUGGAGGAGGCUUUCGAGGAAUACAAGGGAGAGAUCUGUCACUGCCUGGAGAUUCUGAGGAAAGAGAGAGAGGAAAUUCUGGCCUAUCAAGCAGACCUGGACAAAGAAAGCAAAGACCUCCUUAAAUUAACAGAAACGGAGAGGCUGAAGACUGUGGAAAAGUUCAAAGAACUGCGCCAGUUCCUGGAAGAACAAGAAAAACGUGUGCUGAAUCAUGUGGAAGAGGUGGAGAAGGAGAUUUCCAGGAGAAGGGAUGAGCAGCUGGACAGACUCUCCAGGAAACUCUCCUCUCUUGAGAAGAUCAUCCAGGAGAUGGAGGAAAAGGGUCAGCAGCCAGCGAGUGAACUCCUGCAGGAUGUGAAAAGGACCUUGCAGAGUCCUCUCUUCUCCCCAACAGCAAAUGUCACUCUGGAUCCAGACACAGCCUAUCCCAAACUCAUCCUGUCCAAGGAUCGGAAAAGCGUGAGAUAUGGAGACAAAGAGCAAGUCCUGCCUGACAAUCCUGAGAGAUUCAACUACUGGCCUUGUGUGUUGGGACGUGAGGGAUUCACAGCAGGCAGACAUUUCUGGGAAGUCAAUGUGGGAAGUGGGGAAGGGUGGGAUGUGGGGGUUGCCAGGAAGUCUGUGAGGAGAAAGGGCGGCUUCUCCUUUAGGCCUGAGGAGGGGAUCUGGGCUGUGGAGAAGUCUGGAGGCAAGUACAGGGCCUGUACUUUCCCUCUUUCAUCUCUGUCCCUGAGUGAGGAUCCCAGGAGGAUCCGGGUGACUCUGGACUAUGAAGGGGGACGUGUGUCUUUUUCUGACGCUGACUCAGGAGCCGAACUCUACACGUUCUCAGGAGCUGCGUUCUCUGGAGAGACCCUCCUCCCUUGCUUUCAUCUGUGGGGGAAUAAAACCCACCUCAGUAUCUCAUGAGGAGACUAAAUCUGCCUCUCAGGCCCAGCAGGAGUUUCUCUCCAGACCAGAGGGACUAAUAUAAAAAAACAUUUACCAACCAAGAGAACGUUGGGCACUUUUUCAAGGGGACCUUUGAGAAGAUUCAUUCCAGUCAAAAUCAGCAGAAAUAACAAAACAAAAAUGGGUUGCUGUCCCUUUGCAUUUUCCUUCCUUUUCCCAGAAUUCCCUCUGCAGUUUACUUCUUAAAGAGACAGUCACACUUUUAGGAGUCCUGAUAAAUCUUCUCACCUUCAA